AAUUAGUUUCAGGUUUUCAACUCUCUAGUACUUGCAGUAAGCAACAAUCCAUCUCUCUCUCUCUCUCUUACACACACAUGUACUGUGGGUCAGCCCAACCUCUUUUCACCUUCCACCACCUUCAACUUUGUUGAACGUUUUUAUAUACAUAUAUGUACACACACUUGGGUAUCACCAAACAUUCUCAGUUCCUCUCUCUAUCUCUCUCUCUCUCUCUCUCUCUUUUUAUCGCUCUUCUCUCUCUCAUGUCAUUCAUUUCUCAGUAAAUUAUAAGCACCAGGAGUGAUGGAAGGUCAUCAAGAGCAAUACUAUCCACCUCCAUCAACAUCGUCAUCACUACCAUUAUUGCCACCCCACCCUUCCUACCUUUUCCCAUCCUCCUCAACCUCAAUGAACCCUCCUCCUCUUCCAGAGCCUCAUCAUCAGCAGCAAGCCCAGCUUCCAGACAUUGACUGGGUCAGCCUUCUCUCUGGUCAUCAUGAUCAUCAGAUUAAUAAUAAUGAGCCUGCUGCUAUGGUGGAGGUUAAUAAUAAUGAAAAUAAUGUUAUUGAAGCUGCUCAGGAAGAAAAGGGUAGCAAUAAAAGGAAAGGUGGUGAGGGCAGGAAAAUUAGUGUGAUGAAAAAAGCGAGCAGGCCUAGGUUUGCCUUCCAGACUCGGAGUGCCGAUGAUAUUCUUGAUGAUGGCUACCGCUGGAGAAAAUAUGGGCAGAAAGCCGUCAAGAACAGCUUGUAUCCCAGGAGCUACUAUCGAUGCACACAUCACACAUGCAGUGUGAAAAAGCAGGUUCAGAGGCUAUCAAAGGACACAAGCAUCGUCGUUACAACUUAUGAAGGAGUUCACAAUCAUCCAUGUGAGAAGCUGAUGGAAACCCUUACUCCUCUUCUCAAGCAAAUGCAAUUUCUCUCUAGGUUCUAAUUAAUUAUGUAUGCAUAUAUAUAUAUAGCUAACUAGCUAUGGCUUUUGCUAUAUAUAUGUAAUGUAAUCUCUUUAAUUGUAUUGGCAACUUGUACCUCCUCUUUACUUGUAAAAAGAAAUGAAAUGAAAGAUGACCAAUCCAAUGCUAAGAUAUAUUUAUAUGGUUCUUAUGUUAUAUUAACAUCCCCAUUAAUUUUGGUCUUC